UAAAAAAUAUUUCUUUUCCUCCUCCUCCUCCUCCACCUUUUUUAUACAUAACGAGUCGAAUAUCUCGCGUUGUGAUAUUGUUGCUUUUCCGCGUGUUUGAUUGGCCGGUCGAAGGCGGUGAUCGCGAGAUCACGGCAAGUUCCGCGACUUCGCGCGUGUGUGACGUGUGAUUGCUCGCGUCGUGUCGCAAGGUUAAUCGUCCCAUAUCGUGUGUUCUAUUUACACGGCUAUCAACAGCAGCUAUAAGCUACUUUCAGUUGGCAUUGUUGGCAAAACUUCAGUAGUAAAAGCUGGCCAUAUUGUCCUCGGAAUAGAGGCAGGAGCCAAUUAAACAAAGAAGAAGAAGUCCCAUAUCGUAUCGCGGGAUAUUGACAUGAUCUUUCAUUAGUAAGUGCAAUCGUUUAAUUCCGAAUUUCGGUUGUGUCACGAGCGUUAUUUCUGUAGUAAUUUACGAUAAUUAACUCGUUUACGUGGGAUGAAUUGUCAUCAGUAACUCCACUUACGUGGAGGUUAUUUAUCAUAUAUGUUACAAAAGUAACGCUCGUGUAAACGUAGUUUACGUGACAAAUAGUGCGUGUAAAUGUGUGUAUGUGUGGGCGUGCGUGUGUGUGUGUGUGUGUGUGUGUGUGUGUGUGUGUGUUGUGUGUAGAAGUGCGUAAGAAAACAGCUCCAAAAAUUGCGACAGAAGUGCAUAAUAUCUGUGAUUGAAUGAGUUACUGUACUCUUGCAGCAAUCUGCUGUAAGAAGCUAUUAUGAAAUUUUAUACUAUUUAGCCUCUUGUAGACUGUUGCAAGAGUACAAUAAGUACUCGUUCAAUCACAGAUAUUAUGCACUUCUGUCGCAAUUUUGGACUGUAUUGUAUUACCAAGAUAUGUGUAAUAAUAUUGGAACGUAUUAUGGUAAUAACGAAAUAAUAACGGAAGAAAUGCAAAAGUUUGAAACGACGCUAUAUAAAAUAUAUAAUUGUGUGUUGGCACUGGUGGAACGUCUCGAUGAGGAAUUCAUAAAGUUGCUGAAGGAAUGUGAUUUACACAGUAAUGAAUACGUGGAAAGAUAUAUCGAUAACUUAAUGUUCGAAAAGAUUUGAUAGGACUAGCUAUUGGUGCUUAUGGUACAAAUAUUCAAUAAGCGCGGAAAGUUGAUGAUAUUACAAAUAUAGAGUUAGAAGAAAAUUCAUGUACAUUUAAGAUAUA